CUACUCCUUUCAUUGCCGCAAACAACAGACUUGUGCAGUCAUCAAUCUUCAAGCAAACAAGCUCCACGAAGGGUCUUCUCCGCUACGUUCAGAAUCUCGGAAGCUGCUUACUCUUGGAAGCAGACAGAACCUAGUUAUGGAGCCAUUGUGUCUUGACGUUGAAACCAACAUGUACCUCCCACACUCAGAACCAGACCUGCCUGUUUCUCAAGACUUUGGGGAGUUCAUGCUCUCUCGCUUAUCUCAGUCAAAACGACCAGACCAUAAACAUCUAUCCGCUGUAAUCGAGGAGCUGUCAAAGACUCUAGCGGAAGGUAACCACAGUCAAACACCUGUGGCUUACUUCGCCGCCACGUGUAGCUCCCUAGACAGCCUCUUGUCUUCAGAUUCUGAGCCAUCUCUGGAUGUCGUCCAGCCACACGUUGUCAUCCUCUCCCUUGUGUUCCCUAAAGUCUCAGCCGGAGUGCUGAAGAGGAACGGUUUGGCUUUGCGUCUCGUCCUCAGCGUUCUGCGUCUGAGAUCAGCAACUCCUGAGUGCUUGGUCUCGGCGUUGAAGUGUUUGGUUCAUCUCCUCACUACCGUUGAGUCAAUGUCAGGGAACGAAGUCUCUGAGUCCUACAGCAUUUUGCUGAACUUCGUUACUCAUUCAGAUGGAAAGGUGAGAAAGCUAGCGAGCUCCUGUCUCCGUGAUGUCCUGGUGAAGUCCUCUGGUACAAAGGCAUGGCAAUCACUCAGUGGCACCAUUGCAGAACUGUUCCAAAAAUAUUUAGACCUCGCUCAUAAAUCUGAAGCGCGUUCUGCUGAAGGAGCUCAGCAAGUGCUCUACAUUCUCAGCGCUCUAAAAGAGUGCUUGGCCUUGAUGUCCAAAAAGCAUAUUGCUACUGUGAUUGAUGGGUUUAAGAUACUGCUGAUUACGCGCGAUGCGUUUAUUGCAAGGCCGGUGAUAGACUCUUUGAAUGCGCUUUGUCUCAACACAGCCUCUGAGGUUCCUGUUGAGGCGCUGGUGGAAGUGUUGUAUCAUGCUGCUGUUCUGUUCUCGGCGCCUGAAACAUCUGCUGAUGCUAUGACCUCCACAGCACGUUUGCUGAAAGUUGGGAUGAUGAGGGCUUUUAACCUUAAUAGAGAUAUUUGCGUGGUUAAGCUUCCUGGUGUGUUCAAUGGUCUGAAAGAUAUUAUUGCAUCUGAACACGAGGAGGCAAUCUUUGCAGCAACAGAUGCGUUGAAGAGUUUGAUAAACUCGUGCAUCGAUGAGAGUUUGAUCAGAGAAAGCGUCAACGGGAUCCGGAAUUCAAACUUGGAGGCAAGGAAGUCUAGUCCAACAGUCAUUGAAAAACUGUGUGCAACAGUUGAAAGCUUGCUUGAUUACAAGUACCAUGCAGUCUGGGACAUGGCUUUUCAAGUAGUUUCGACCAUGUUCGAUAAAUUAGGCGAAGAUGCUUCAUACUUUAUGAGGAAGACCCUGGAGGACUUAUCAGAUAUGAAAGAUUUACCUGAUGAAGACUUUCCUUAUACGAAGCAGUUGCAUGAGUGUGUAGGAUCAGCCCUUGGUGCUAUGGGACCUGAAACAUUUUUAAACAUUGUGCGUUUAAACCUUGAGGCGAGUGAUCUGUCUGAGGUAAACGUUUGGCUCUUCCCAAUCCUGAAGCAGUAUACUGUGGGAGGACGGCUAAGUUUCUUCACAGAGUACAUCUCUAGAAUGAUCGAAACAAUGAGCCAGAAAGCUCAACAGCUCAAGCUACAAGGUCUUACUUCAGCUUCUAGGAGUGUGGACUCUCUUGUAUAUUCAUUAUGGGCUAUGUUACCUUCAUUUUGCAACUAUCCUGUGGAUACAGCGGAGAGUUUUGCGGAUCUGGGGCGAAUACUGUGUGGAGCUCUUCAAUCACAGGCUGAAACUCGUGGAAUUAUAUGCGCCAGUUUGAAUAUCCUAAUUCAACAAAAUAAGGAAGUUGUGGAGGGUAAAGAAAUGCCUGUCAGUGAUGCAAGUCCUGCUAUGGUACGAGCUAGUGGUCGUUAUAAUUCAGACAUUGCGGCAGCUAAUUUGAAAGUUCUGCGGUCGUGUGCUCCUAAGUUAUUGGAUGUUUUAUCAAGGAUAUUUCAUGAAUCUAGCAAAGAUGAUGGCGGUUCUGUUCAGUCUGCGAUAGGGAACUUGGCGUCCAUUGCGGAGAAAAAGACUGUUUCAAAGCUACUCUUCAAGACACUGCGAGAGCUUUUAGAGGCUACUAAAACUGCUAUUGCACAAGAUGAAAGCUCUGCUAGUGGGAUGGACGUGGAUAAUAUCGCAGACAAAAAUUCUUCUUCCAACCUUAGGGCAAGGUUGUUUGAUCUGCUAGUUUCUCUUUUACCUGGUUUGGAUGGUCAAGAAGUAGAUACUGUAUUCAGUUCUCUGAAGCCUGCAAUGCAGGAUCCCAAGGGCAAAAUUCAAAAGAAAGCGUACAAAGUUCUUUCAGUUAUCUUGAAGAGUUCUGAUGGAUUUGUUUCAAAACAUCUCGAGGAGUUGCUUGAGCUGAUGCACAAUAUAUGCCACGUCUCUGCCAAGCGCCAUAAACUUGAUUGUUUGUACUUCCUGUUGGCUCAUGCAUCAAAGACUGAUGAUUUGAAGGCGAGAAAGGACAUUGUUUCUUCAUUUCUACCCGAAGUUAUACUUGCUUUAAAAGAGGUGAAUAAAAAAACAAGAAGCAGAGCCUAUGACGUACUUGUUCAGAUUGGGCAUGCAUAUGCAGACGAGGAAAACGGUGGAGACAAUGAGAAACUACAUGGUUACUUCAAUUUGGUGGUUGGUUGCUUGGCUGGAGAAAAACCUCAGAUGAUUAGUGCUGCUGUUAAGGGAGUAGCUCGUUUGACAUAUGAGUUCUCUGAUCUCAUUGCUAGUGCUUACAAUUUGCUUCCUUCAACAUUUCUUCUCCUCCAAAGAAGAAAUAAGGAAAUCACAAAAGCAAAUUUAGGUUUGUUGAAGGUGUUGGUGGCUAAGUCACCCGUUGAAGGACUACACGCAAACUUAAAGAGCAUGGUCGAAGGCUUGCUGAAAUGGCCUGAAGGAACCAAAAACCUUUUCAAAGCGAAGGUGAGGCUUCUAUUGGAGAUGCUAAUCAAGAAAUGUGGCACGGAGGCUGUUAAGUCUGUGAUGCCUGAAGAACAUAUGAAGCUCCUGACAAACAUCCGAAAGGUCAAGGAGCGUAAAGAGAAAAAAUAUGCAGCUGCCUCUGAGAUGAGUAGAUCACAGCAUUCAAAAGAAACUUCAUCAAAGGUCAGCCGGUGGAAUGAUACCAAGAUAUUUUCUGAUUUUGAUGAUGAAGACGAGGACAGCGAUGGAGACUACAUGGAUGGGGAGACGCAUGGCCGUAGCAAGGCUUCCUCUUUGUUGAAAUCUAAAGCAUCUGCUUUGAGAUCAAAGAAGAGUCAGAGGCAGAGUCAUCUUGAAGUUAACGAGUCAGAUGAUGAACCACUUGACUUAAUGGAUCGAUACAAAACAAGAUCAGCUCUUCGAUCAAGUGAGCUUCGCAAAAAACGGAAAGCUGACUCAGACGAAGAAGCAGAGUUUGAUGAGGAAGGACGGCUAAUCAUCCAAGAAGGAGGGAAAGGUAAAAGAAAGGAAAUCUCCGAUCCAGAUUCUGAUGCCAAGAGCAGCAAAGGUAGCCGUUUCUCUGCAAACACAUCCAAGAAGAACCAGAAGCGGAUGAAGACAUCAGAGUCAGGGUACGCUUACACAGGCAAAGAGUACGCAAGCAAAAAGGCAAGUGGAGAUCUUAAGAGGAAAGAUAAGCUUGAACCGUAUGCGUAUUGGCCACUUGAUCGCAAGAUGAUGAGCCGUAGACCGGAUCAGCGUGCGGUUGCGGUCAGAGGUAUGUCUAGCGUGGUUAAGCUGACAAAGAGGUUGGAAGGCAAGAGCAGUGCGGAAGCACUUGCUGCCACUAAGUUCCAAAAAUUCAAGAGGAGUGGUCAUAAGAAAUCGGCUGGGAAGAAGAAAAGCAAGUGAACAAGUGGCGGUAAGCUUCUCACUAUGUUUAAGGUAUUAGAAGAAGGAUUGUAUUUUAUUUCAGUCUUCACUUUCUGAAACUUGAAAUGCCAUUUUGUCCAUUUACUAGUGUUACAGCUAGUGAAAAAAUCUCAUGAGUUGGUUUCAGAUUGUUUGCCA